AUGAUAAGACCAAAAACAAGUAACGCCACGUCUGAGGACAACCCUUUUGCAAUCCACCUAGUCCCACGCUAUGACGUCAGUGGCUAUCCUACAAAACCUCUUACAGCUAAUAAUGUCGGCAAAUAUCGAUCUCCACCUGGAUGAAGUCCUCCAUUCUCAGCAGGAAAAACCCAAAAAGACUUAUUUGAAGAGCGAAAACAAGAAAAAAUUCCAGACCCUACAUAUGAUUUAGAUAGGGACGGCUAUGUAAGUGUAGAAGACUAUUAUGUUUCGUCACGUUUUGACGUAGACAAAGAUGGGAAAUUAAGCAAAUCUGAACGGGAAAAUGCAGAAAAAGCGAUUUCUGAAGGGCGUUGUAGUGAAAACCGAUGGGGGUUAUUAGCGUAUCAGCCCAAGCCUCGUAAGCCUCAAACUACCACAGUAAGAAUUGAAGAUAUAACUGCUAUAAGAGGAAUUUCAACUGAUAGAGGAUUAAUCAAAGCUAGAAUGGACCUUUGGGGUUAUUUCACCUCCGCCGACACAAGUUUCAGACCCCAAAAACACCAAGGUAUGUGUCUGAUAAUUCGCCAUUUUAUUUGUAUGUCAACUGAUAGAGAAAGAUAAAGUUUUCAGCAACUGCAAGACACAAAAAGAGCUAUUUGAUAAAAGAAAAGCAGAAAAUAGAGCUAUAGGGCAUCAAGCUAUCGAACAAAUUGGAGAAAACCAGAUCAGGGUGGAUUAUUUGAGACCUCUACCAGAAGGGUAUAAAGAAAAUCCAAUGUAAAAUCCAUGCAGAUUUAAAACGCAAAAUUUCAAAAAUCUAGCUGAUAGGAAUAUUGCGAGAUCAGCUGCAAGCUUAGAAGUGCCGUCUGAUAUCAAAGUGUCGCCUUAUGAGAUCUCGAUGAAUUUCAAUAACAAACCGCAUUCGAAAACUCAAAAAGAGCUGCUUGCCUUAAGAAAACAUGAAAUGGUAAAUAAUAUUUAGCUUAACUUUUUUAUUUAAAACUUUUUUUUUUAAAAAAAAAUAUUUAAAUAAUUUUUAUUUUUUUUUUAAAAAAUAUAAAGUGAGGUAGAGAAUUGCACGAAAAGAAAAAUUAUAACCACAUAUCAAGAGAAGCUCGUAUGAAUGAACGCGAAAUGCAGCGUUUAUCAAUAAUUACAGAUGAAGACAACUUUUUAACGUGAAAUAAGAUUAAAAAUGCAAGAAAAUUAGAGACGAAUUCAUAUAACCAGAAAACUUUUGCAGCGCUUAGAGUAGGGAUGCAUGGAAAAGAGCUCCCUCAUUAUACUGAUACCUUAAAAGAGUACUGGAAAAUUAAAGACAGUUAUGACCCAAACCCAGAGAAUAAUUCCCGCACACUUUUUUCAAUGAAGCAGAAAUUCUGGGCGCCUAAAGACAAGUAUAGAACAGCUGAUGCAACUGGGGAUGCCCCUGAAAUUACGACUGAAUAUACCGCGAUCCCUAAGCCUGAAUUAAUUGUAGCUGAAAAAAUAAAUCAUUUAUGUCCUUUUGAAGGGUUUGAUAAUGAUGAAGAAAUUGAUCCAACAAAAAAUCGUAGAAGGCCUAACACAAAGUAUAGAAUGAGCAUAAAUAAUUUUUUAAAAAAAUCUCAAAUAAUAUAAAAAAAAUUAAUUAUAAAAAAAAAAAUUCCAAUGAGCACUGUUGUUAAUUAUUUUAUCAAAACUUCAGCUGACAUGGGAUUUAACCAAAGUGAAGAAAAAGCGAAAACUGUAGAAGAAGUCGUGACAAAAGGCCAAGAUAAGAAAAAAAAGAAAAGAAAAGAAGCAAAAAUUGACAGGACACAGAUGAAUACUUAUAGCUCCCAAGGAACAAAAAUUACAAGGUCUGGGAGCGCACCAAUGCUAAUAAAGAAAAGUAUGACCACCACAAACUCAGACUCUGUUGUGAGAUCCAAAGGGUUUAUUUUUUAA